UUUGUCACCGCCCUCUGAGCGACUUCAGGCAAGUCGCAGCUCUCCAGCCCUCGGGUUUCUUGUCUGUUUAAUGCGGGGAGGGAACCGAACCUGGAUGACGCUCAGCGCACAGCGGAGAGCCCGGCAGCUCGGCCGGAGCGGGGCGGCCACGCGCCUCGGGGCUGCGUCCCCGCGCGGAGGGGACCCGGCGCGCAGGAGCGGGGAGCUCCCUCUGCGGGCGUGCGGCAGCGGCGCUCCUCCUCGCCCCUCCGCGUCACGGGGGCGCUCGGCGCUCUGCCAGCCCCGCGCAAGAGCGCAACUCCUCGCAGGGCGCGCGCCGAGGUGGCCGAGGAGCGGCAGGAGGUGGGGGCCGGAGGCGGGGGCCGGAGCCGGGGGCGCAGCUCGCGGCCCUGCCGGGGCGGCCUCUGCAGCCGCGGGGACCCCGCGCUCCCUUUCAAUGAAGACAUUCCGAUGUUGUUUUAAAUACCCCCUACAGCAGAAAGUUUUUGUCCUGUUUUUAACCCUGUGGCUGUUCUCCUUGUUGAAGCUUCUGAACGUAAGCAGACUCCUCUUCCCUCAGAGAGGCAUUUACCUGGUCGAGUACUCCCUGAGUACCUCGCCGUUUGUGAGAAACAGAUACACCCAAGUUAAGGGUGAAGCCGGGUAUGAAGUUAACUGUUCUGCUGUCUAUGAACAGGAGCCUUUGGAAAUUGGCAAGAGUCUGGAAAUAAGAAGAAGAGACAUCAUCGACUUGGAUGAUGAUGAUGUUGGGGCAAUGACCAGUGACUGUGACAUUUAUCAGACCCUCAGACGGUACCAUCAAAAGCUGGUUUCAAGGGAGGAGAAGAGCUUCCCAAUAGCCUAUUCUUUGGUUGUUCACAAAGACGCUAUUAUGGUUGAAAGGCUGAUCCAGGCCAUAUACAACCGGCACAACAUUUACUGCAUCCAUUAUGACCGAAAGUCACCCGAGGCCUUCAAAGUCGCCAUGAACAACCUGGCUAAGUGCUUCUCCAAUAUCUUCAUUGCUUCCAAAUUAGAGACUGUGCAAUAUGCCCACAUUUCCAGACUCCAGGCUGAUUUAAACUGCUUGUCCGACCUUCUCAGGUCUUCAGUUCAGUGGAAAUACGUUAUCAACCUGUGUGGGCAAGAUUUUCCUUUGAAGUCAAACUUUGAAUUAGUGUCAGAGUUGAAGAAACUCAAUGGAGCAAAUAUGUUAGAGACGGUGAAACCCCCUCACAGUAAGAUAGAAAGAUUCACGUACCGCCACGAACUUAGACAGCUGCCUUACGAAUAUGUGAAGCUUCCCGUGAGGACGAACGUCUCCAAGGACGCGCCUCCUCAUGACAUUGAGAUAUUCGUUGGCAGCGCUUAUUUUGUUUUAAGUCGAGCGUUUGUUAAAUACGUUUUCAACACCUCCCUCGUCAAAGACUUUUUUGCCUGGUCUGAAGACACCUACUCGCCUGAUGAGCAUUUUUGGGCGACCUUAAUUCGGGUGCCAGGAGUACCUGGAGAGAUUUCUCGGUCAGCCCAGGAUGUGUCUGACCUGCAGAGUAAGACCCGCCUCGUCAAAUGGAACUAUCACGAAGGCCUUUUCUACCCCAGGUGCACGGGCUCUCACCUCCGCAGUGUGUGUAUCUACGGGGCAGCCGAAUUAAGGUGGCUUAUAAAAGAUGGACAUUGGUUUGCUAAUAAAUUUGAUUCUAAGGUGGACCCUGUCUUGAUUAAAUGCUUGGCAGAAAAGCUUGAAGAACAACAGAGAGAGUGGAUCACUUUGUCCUCAGAAAUGUGAUUUAUGCAUGAAAAUCCCACAGUCACGUCAUGGUAAAAUCAUGAUGGGAGUAAGCUGUCUGAUAAGCGGAGUGAACGUGGAGUUGCGUACUACCAUGGCCAGGACCAUCUGAGCUUACCCUUCUGGGGCCGGAAGGGUGUCUGUGAUUCCAUGCACAAGGGAAAGUGACCUAGCCUUGGGUGACAAUUACCCUGCAGUUGGUUGGGUGUUUUUAUGUUGGUUUUUGCUGAUAAUCUCACUGAGCUAAAUCAGAGAUCUUAAAUGAUUAGUCAUUAGAUAUUUAUUGAGCUCCUGCUCUUUGCCAGGCACUUUUUUAGAAACAUGUAGGAAUUGGAUCCAAGUUUCUUGAGUUGUACAACACUCUCCCUCAAGGAGGUGUGGCUUACCCUAAUGACACAGCAGCCUAGUGUCUUAAGUCCUCCGCAUGACAGGGCUCUGCUGGAGCUUUGAAGGGUAUGGUAAUCAUACAGCCAUGGAAACCACCCAUCUCAGAGCAGCGUUGUAAGUACACUGACCAAUGCUCCACUUGUCUCUUCAUUCAGCUCCCUUGACUUUUCGUAACGGUUAGAAUAUUACAAGGAGAGACUCCACUACCUCAGAAAAGCUCAGAGGAUUUGCCCAGUUUCCUACUUGGCUAAGCACAGUCGACCAUUUGGUGCCUCACUGGUUCAGUUCAGGGUCGGGAGACUGUGGUGGGGCAUUUAUAGUGUGUGAAUGUUAGCGAGGCCCUGCGGGGUGGGUAGGAGAUGGGACAGAUGAUGCCUGAAGAGGAACAAAGAUUUGUAUGACUUUUGCGUCGUGUUCUACAAUGGUGCCGUGAAUGGCCUCCUUUUUAAUUCAACUCUUUCUUUAAAACAUGUUUACUGAUUAAAAAUAAGAAAUGACUAAUAGUCCAAAGCGUCACACUCCAGAACGUUGAACCUGCGUCUCCAGUUCAUGAAUUAGCGUUAUACAUGCGUUUCUUUACAAUGGAAUUAGUAUAAUUUUGCUUUAUGGAACUAACAAGCUAAGAGUCAGUAAAUUUUCUUGACAGUGUUCUGUGAAACAUGAUAGCUUUCUAAAUUAAUUAUUAUGAUCAUUUAAAAUUUUUUCUUCUCCAACAUCUAUCCAAGUGGAAUCCAAAUGUAAAAUUAUAAAAGUUCUAAGUUAUUUGCAGUCUUCUUCUCAGCCUAAAUCCGGAGAGAAAAAUGCUAAUUUUCUUAAGGACAUAGCAAGAAUAUUCAUUAAAGAUAUUUUGUAAAACCUAUACCUUAGAAAACUACCAAAUGAGUCAAAUAUACACAAAUACAUACGUACAUAUAUAUAUUGCUGAGGAAGAUUCACCCUGAGCUAACAUCUGUGCCAGCCUUCCUCUACUUUAUAUGUGGCUUGCUGCCACAGCAUGGCUGAGUGGAGUAGGUCCACACCCGGGAUCUGAACCCACGAACCCCGGGCUGCUGAAGUGGAGCGCACCGAACUCAACCAUUAGGCCAUGGGGCUGGCCCCCAAAUAUACAUGUAUUUUAAUGUAACUGUUUUGUGCUGGAGGUGAAAUGGGACAGGAAUGGGGUCCUGAGAACAGGCUAUAAUCAUUUUAUGUCUCUUGGGAAAUUGUGGAACUCGUAAAAAUUUCUUGGUGAUGUUAUGUUUCGAUGUCAGCCUCAGUAACUAUGUAAAGAUGUCGUAAUCAAGGCCAAUAUGAGACUCUUUGGAAGAUUGAAGUAUUUAAAUAUUUUUUUAAAUGUCUCUUCUACGUGUGAAAUGUACUUUGCUUGUUUGCAAGUUUAUGAUAUUAACUGCCAAGUGGGCACCACUUCUCUCCGUUUCUUCUUCUCUUGAACUUAUUUUUCUUCCUUUUUUUCCCUACCCCCUUCAAAUUACUUCAUUCUUCAGAAAACAGGUAUUACCAAGCUCCUGUUCCUAAAGAUGAGUAACUGUUGGAGAGAGCUAAGUUCUGCAGAGCAUCCUUACUGUUCGCCAGUGUGUGACCAUGACAAGCCUCGGUCACCUUGGUCUCCAGGAGCCUCCGUUUUCUGGUGUUGGAAGUGAGCAGUUGGUUGCCUGUCCUGGCUUCCUCGCGAGUUUUUUGUAGAAUCAAUGGAAAUAGUUUAUGAAGUAGUUUGAAAAUCCAUACAAACCAUUGAAAUGUCAGGGAGCAGUCUUAUUAUAAGGCAAAUAUAGAACCAACCCCAUGUGAGACUUAACAUUUACCUUUUCUGAAAAACCUUCGAGAUGUGAAAAGAAGCCACAAUUGCAGGGUCCACUUCCGUAACUGAAUCCAGGUACGAAGAAACCCCUGUCACCAUAUCUAGGGUUCUUUCUAAGCCGCUAGAAUGAGCAGGUUGGUCCAGGGGCAGAGAUGGGAGUUGGGGUAGAAAUACUUCUCCAGCCAUCAUGGCUUAAAGACGCAAGGUCCUAUUGAAAUCUUGGUGUUUAUGCCUCUGGUCUUCAGACUAAGUGUAAAUGCUGAAAGUGAACACCGACCUCCUGGUCCAGGGUCUGGCCUCCUGGUGAGAAAUGAGUCUAUCCCUCGUUUAUCGGGAAACUUUCCAGUUGUUAAUCGGUUUAAUGCCGUAUUCAAAUGAAACACGUCUCCGUGAAGAGGUGGCAGUGCCUUCCUUUCCCCAUUGACAUGUUUCUUGGGAUCCAGUUCCUGACCUUUCAGGGAGCUUCUCAGAUUACUCUCUUGCCUUGGGAAUCCUACAGGUUCCCUGCCUGCCUUCAAACCGCCCUAUACCUGAUGCUUCUCUAAAACCUUUUGGUACAAUUCCCUCUGGUCUGGAGAAUGUUCUGCGUGUGUGUUUUAUAAUUAUUCUUUGCAUAGUAUUUAUUGAAUCUAGACUCUAAGUUAUUUGGCAAUGACACCAGGACCUUGGAGUUUGUAAAUUGUAUUAAUAAUAACGAAAGAGCUACUUAUAUCUAAUUAUGUGAACAAUCUACUGUAAUAUUAUAAUAAAGACCAGUAUUGCUGCUAUUUUUAAUAUUUUGGUUAAGUGAAAUAUAUGUAUAAAUAAAAUGUUUAAAUUUAGAAAGUUAAAUUUGAAGAUUUCUCUUGCCUUCCAGAAUGUGAAUAUUAUGCAUACAUAUAUGUUUAUUUUUAGACAUAUUUCAUAGUAAACAAAAAUGACAGUCUUCUUUGGGAAUGUAAAGCGAAGGUAUCCUAUGUAUGUUCAACUGUUGUUGGUGCUGUUGAUGAGGAUGGAAUGAGUUUAAAUUUUUUUUUUAACAUUUUUAUCAGCGGAUCUCUAAAUCUCCUAUUUUGUGCGUUUCGUUUCUUUUUUACUGUUCUCGAAAGUCGUCUUUCCCCAUGAUGUGAGUUUUAAAUAACUGGUGUUGCAUUUCUGUGUUGCGCCGCGACAAGAUGUUGAUUCUCCAGUGUCGUAGACCCAAAUGUGCUCCCAAACCAAAGCCCGGCAUCUGUGCCGUUUCCUUCCUCUGGUUGUGCUGGUUCCCCACAAGGACUCUUUCCGUUGAUGACUCUUGCCCAGCAUUUGAAGAGCGCAGUUAAGUUCACUUCGGAAUGACAGAAUAUAGGCACACAGCUUGAGUAGUUCAAUUUGAAAGACUCUUCCAGGAUUUCUGUCUUCAUUCUCCUUCAGAUCGGCUUCUCCUCUAAGGUUAUCUAGAUAAAUGUUCUUGUUUACUUGGUUACUUUAGGGAGGUUAGUUCUUAGUAGUGGAGGUUGACCUCUUUAUCUCAGGUCCCUCUGUCCCUGGAAAACCAAGACUCUUUCUCUGCCUGCACCAGGGCUCCUGCCAGGGUUGUGAGCUCCAUGGACACAGGAGCCUGGCUGCCCCGGUGUCCUCAGGCCUCGUUGGUGGGGGACUCCUCCCGAGCUUCCUGCUGUCCUGGGUAACAGCUCCUUUUCUAGCUCUCCUAGGCUGAGGACUAUUUGGCAUCUCUGAUCCCACGCCCCCAUCCCACCCUGAAAACCCCCCUGGCCAGUGUUUUCCUUUCGCCCUUUCUAAAGCCAUAGUGGUCACCAGCCUCCCUAGCUGGCAAGCUGUCUGCGUGUCAUGCUCAUCAAUUACAAUCCGUCUCAAGGAGGAAGGCCAUUUUGGGAAUCUUUAACUUCAUAAAAAUUAACAUCUACUCUUAACCUGUGGUUAACGCUCACUCUUGCCAAGCUGGAUAACCACACAAAUCCACAAGAAUCUCAUGGAAGAAGUGGAACUUUUCUUGGUAGCAGUCGUGGCAGGAUGGGUAGGUAUGCGGCAUCAUAUUAAACACCUGUAAGCUUGAUUCCGAGAUAAGCAAUUCCCUGUUUUUUUAUUCCGUUUGGUGUCUACAGAUCUACUGUAGAUCUACACUGGGACAGUUGGCUUCUAGUUUCAUGAAACUGAUGAUGAGGAAACCCUGGAGAGAGAGAGUAGAUGGUUGCAAAUUUAUUCCUGCUACUGCAAAAAUAUUCCUCUGUCAUUGAUGCAUAACAAACAGCUUGAGCUUUGCUUCAAAGACGUGAUUGGUGUGGCAGCCCACCCGGGUGCAUAAAACCCUGGGGGGCACCAUUCACAAGACCUCAGAUGUGGCCUUCACACAGCAGCAUCGUCCCUCCGGGGAGCACCCUGAUGGAGCCAUGCCGGGGACAAGUAGCCAGAAAAGAACCUGAGGAAGAGUCCUGGGCAGUGACUUGGGUCAAUUUAUUUUAUUCUCUUGUUGUAGCCGUUGUUUCUUACAGAACAGUAAAGGAAAUUGAAACCAACUGUUUGUAUUCAUAAUUCUAACCUCCUGAUGCAAUUGUUGUCAUUCUCUGAACGUCUUCCCCUCUUAGCCAUAUCCAUGUGUGUUUUUUCCCUCUCUUCCCACUGCCAAUAUAUCUGCAACCACUUUGCCGUGUUGCUCCGUGCUU